AUGCCCAAGGCAAGUUCGCCGGAUGCGAGUCUGAGACGGCGAGGACGAACGGAUUCAGCCGAGUUCCGGGGCAACACCACAGAAGAGGAUACAGAUUUGGCAGAUGACCCAAAGAGUGAACAGGAGUCCGCCGCUUUCAAAACAGCGCAGAGCAAUGAAGGUGGUGAGAGACUUCUGUCGAAGGUGAAGAUGAAAAAGAUGACUAUUCGAGCGGUCAUGGGCAUCAGCAUGAUGGUCACGUUCGGCGUAAUAAUUUAUUUAGGCCAUUGCUAUUUGUGCAUGUUGGUGUUUGCCUUGCAAUGCUUCAUAUUUUCCGAGCUGGUGGGAGUUCGAAAGCGGCAGGCUGCAGAAAGAAGGUUACCUUUGUUUCGUUCGAUCCAAUGGGCGUGGUUUUUCGUGGCAGCAUUCUUCACUUGGUCGGCAAGCAUUUGCCAGUUCCUCGAGAACAGUCCCAGAUUUACGGCCUCCUGGUCCGCGGCAAGGCUUGUCCUGGAAAACAAUAUGCUUGUGUCGUUCUCACUUUAUACGCUCCUUCUUAUGGUCUCGGUUCUGAGUCUGCGGAAGGGGCUGUACAAGUAUCAAAUCACACAGUACACCUGGACCAUGGUCACCAUUUGCAUAGUGGUCUUCCAGACUCAAGCUGUGUUCCACUUGAUCUACGCAGGACUCUUUUGGUUUGUGCUUCCUUCGUCGCUUGUUAUUUGCAAUGACAUCAUGGCGUACUACUGCGGGCAGCUAUUUGGCAAGAAGCUGAUCAGGCGUAGAUUCUUGGAGCUGUCUCCAAACAAAACCUGGGAAGGAUUCCUGGGAAGUGCUGUUUGUACGAUGCUUUUUGCUCUAUGGUUCUCCAGGAGGCUGUGCGCCUACAAGUGGAUGACCUGCGUGCCGGAAGAAAUUACCUUGUCAGUUCAUGCGCUGUCCUGCGAACCUGGACAGAUGUACAGACCGCAAAGCAUCGACGCGAUCAUUAUGGAAGCACUUCCCGGUGGCAUGAAAGCUUCCUGGCGCAUGCUGGAAGGGCACGCGUCUCUGGCGGGUCGAGCACAGCCCAACCUGUCACUUCCUGCUUUGCAUGCAAUCGGCCAGUUGGAAAUUUGCAGGGUCAGGGCCUUGGCAUUUGCUAACCGCAGCAGCUUGAUCGUGUUCCUCUGCACCUUCGUUCACAUACGUACCUUCUGCCAAACUCCAGUCACAGUCGAAAUGCUGUUGGCGACUGCAGUCCGGCUCCAAGCAUGCACUCCGCUUCCCUCUUGGCUGUUGUAA